UUUUAUUUUUUAUUUACAUUUACACAACCUCAAGGUUACCCUUCAAAUGUAGGACACAUCUAAAAUGAAGUUAGAAAAUAAAAACCUGACUUUAAAUGUUUAAGGAUUGAAAGAAAAAAGUAAAUAGUAACAGUGGGUUUUUACGUAUUGAUAGUGAUAAUAAUUUUGAGUUCUCAAACAAAGGUUAUGUGGUAAUUUAAAGAAAUAGAUAUGGUAUCCUGCACAGUAAGCAGUAUUUUAAGAGGAUUUGCUGCAGUUUCAAACCAUAAUCUAAGAAGAUCUAGUGCAUUCAAAAACUUUAAAAUGUGUACUCGUAUGUUUACUUCAAACAAUCAUCAGAAACCAGUCAAAGAAAACAGGACAGUAAUGGCAGAUAAUUCUUGGGAGCACUCCUAUUUUCGAUUCACAGAUUAUGAUUGCAUUGGCUUUGAUUUGGAUAAUACUCUAGCAAGAUAUAAAGUUGGUGCUAUGAUUGAGAUGGAAUAUGAUAUUCUUGCAAAUUUUUUGGUGGAUAAUAAAGGAUAUUCUGCCAAACACUUGUUAAAGCCUCUAGAUCACAAUUUUAUAAUUAAAGGGCUGAUCGUUGAUGAUGAAAAUGGAAAUUUGUUAAGAAUAUGUGGAGAUGGAACGAUUAUUCAAGCAACUCAUGGCACUAAAUUCUUAUCUCAAGAAGAAAUUAGAAAUUUUUACCCCAGUCUUAGAUGGAAGGCUACAGAUUUAUUUACUGAUAAUCCAUUGCAAACAUGGAAUGGGCCCUAUUCAGAAAAAAUGCGAACACUAUUAGAUUACUAUGACAUCAUUGCUAGUUUAGUUUUUGCAAGAGCAGUAGAUUCAAUAGAUGAGGAUAAUACAGACAGGAAGCUGUACAAUAUAUGGCCUGAUCUUUUAGAUGCUUUGCAAGAUAUGUUUACACGGGAGCACUUCCAGAAUGAAAAGGGAAAAUAUUUUGCAGAAAUUAAAGCACAUCCAGAAAAGUACUACUAUAAAUGCAGUAACUAUCUGAUUAACUGGCUUCAAUUACUAAGACAGAGAGGAAAAAUGACUUUUCUGAUCACUGGCUCCUAUGUUGACUUUGCCACUCACACAGCUAGUCAAACUAUUGGGCCAAACUGGAGAGACAUGUUUGAUGUUGUAGUUAGCUAUGCAAAAAAACCUGGGUUUUUUACUGAAAGAAGACAGUUUAUUGCUCUUAAUGGUUUUAAAGAAGUUGGACCCUUAAAAGUAGAAGAUUUAUCCAUAGGAGGAAUUUACACACAUGGAAACUGGACUGAUUUGAAAGCAUUUCUUAAGAAACAUAGUCAGGUAUCAGAGCCAAGAUUUCUAUAUAUAGGAGAUAAUCUGGUUCAAGACAUUUAUACUCCAAAUGUAUAUGCAGGAUGUGAAACAGUUACUGUCUGUGAAGAGUUGGAAGCAGAAGGGGUUUAUGGACAUGAAAAAUGGCAUCCUGAUGAGCAGUUCCUUUGUUCAAGUAUUUGGGGAUCUUACUUUAAGUGCAAGGACUCUGGAAGGAUGACAAAUUGGUACACCAUUAUGAAAAAGCAUUCAAAGUUCUUUAUUCCAAGUUUGGAGUAUGUCGCUACUUAUCCAAUUGACCAUCAAUUUAAAUUAAAUAUUUAUUAGCUUAAUUUAAUUUAUUUAUUGUUUUAUUUGAAUUGUAAUUAUUUUUUUUUUGUUUUCACUUGAUGAUUUUAUCUGUACAUAUUGUACAAUGUUGUGUAAUAUUUAGGAUUUUUAAGAUUAUUAUUGGCAAGGAAUAUUUUGAAAUUAUUCCUUAAGAGUUCUUUGAAUAAAAUGUGUGGAUCAAUUUAAUUGCUAAUAAUUUGUUGAGGCUGAAUAAAUAUAUUAUAAUUUUAUUUGUAAAAAA